ACCUGUGGACGUUGCCGCGGUGACGAGGAUGGCAACACAAUGGCAGCGAUCGAGAUAUUUUCAAGCUCGGUCUCUUACAAGUACAAAAACAGAAUACACUCCUUUGCCUCGAUCGUCGUUCUCCUGCUCAUUGUGCUAUCGUUGAUCACGCCGCUUUUCAUCGUCUACCAUGCAGGAGGUGUCUGGCUGAAAAAUCGGAUGCACGCGGAAACGCCGGACGUGCACUUCGAGUACAAGUACCUGCUGCUCGCGGAGGUGAGUCCCUACGAGGAACCCAUCGUGUGCACUACGUUUACAACGUACAAAGAAAAUGAGAUCGCAGAUCACUGUACAAUAAUCAAGGUGCGAGAGAAUGAUCUAAAUGGCGACGGGCAGAAGGAUUCGUUAAAGUUCGAGGCACACUUUUAUACGGAAAAGCCGGUGAAAUCCAUUAGACUUCUGCUGUUCUUCAAUUUUCAAUUGAAGCACCUCAUACAAGCGACGAUAGAAUCUAUCGGCGUGUUUGACUAUGCGUUGAGUCAUGAAGCUCAGGAAAUAAGAUUCUUUGGUGAUUUGGAGCUGCGGCAAAAAGGUCUCCUGCGCAGCGAAGGCCUCUACGAGACGUACAACCACAGCAUAGAACUGUCCGACUAUUCUCUAUCCGAAUUAUUGCUGUACAAUUUCAACCGAAAGUGUACAAUCGCGAAUGAGCAUGUAACGUGGCGUAGCGGCUUCUCUAGUGACGAGACUGUGGCGGUCAUCGGCGAGUUGUUCUACGCAGAAAACUUUAUUCACUAUCAACCAAGCGUGUGGGAAGAACUCAAGUGGGCAUGGAUCCAAUAUCUAUCAUGUCUGCUAGUGUUCGCUUACGUAUCCAAACACAUCCUGGUGUUUCUAUUUACGAAUAGAUACCUGAACACGUACAUUGUAAAACCCUGGAAGACAUUUAGCAAAAAAUACGUCACCGACAUCACGAUGUCCACGAGGUCGAAGGAGAAGGUCGUGGCAGCUUUUCGCAAGCUCUUUCGGUCUUCCGACAAGAUCACGGAGCAGGAAGGCGCCAGCGGCUCAACUGGUUCGCCGUCGAGGAGGCUUCUGAGUCGUCAUCAUCGUCCGGAUGCCGUCACCCCGGCGGCUAGCUCGAUGCCAGAGAACUCUGGUUCCAGUCGUGCCGAGCACGGCAGCUGCUUCUUUAAAUCGAAAAAGUCGUCCGGUACUUCCGGUCAGACGAUGAGCAUGGCCGAGAAGGGUCUGCGUCGGCUGAUGAAGGAGCUCAGCGAGAUUCAAAGGAUGCAGCAUCACCGCGACUCGACUUUUACCGCGGAACUGGUGAACGACAACCUGUUUGAGUGGCAUGUUCGGCUGCACAAGAUCGACCCAGAGAGCGAGCUGGCAGCCGACAUGCGGGAACUGGAGAUACCCCAUAUACUAUUGCACGUUAUCUUCCCGGAGAACUUCCCAUUUGCGCCGCCCUUCAUGAGGGUGAUUUCACCGAGGAUCGAGAAGGGUUUCGUGAUGGAGGGCGGCGCUAUCUGCAUGGAGCUUUUGACGCCAAGAGGUUGGGCCAGCGCGUACACCGUCGAAGCAGUAAUCACGCAAUUCGCAGCGAGCAUCGUGAAAGGACGGGGGCGAGUGGCGAGGAAACCGAAGCCGAACAAAGAGUUCACUCAGCGAUCGGCCGAGGAGUCAUUCAAGAGCCUGGUGAAAACACACGAGAAGUAUGGCUGGGUGACUCCACCGCUCGCUGAAGGUUAAUUAGAGAGUGUCCCAUUGUUGAGAGUCAGAAGAGGCUCGCUUGAGAAAAGUGCCGAAGUGCACGCCGGCCGAAGUGAUUCUUCCGAUUUUAACAAGAAUGGCAGUGGCGGCGUUGAAAACGCCGACGGUGAUUUCUUUAUCCCUGAAGGAGCUCAGGGUGUAAUUUUAAUUGUUAUAUAAUUGCAGUAAGAGGUAUAUGUGCAAAUAGGUGCAGUCAGAAGCGCCGGAUUUCAUCGUCGCACGUACGACGUGCGUGCGCGUGUUUCUUUUUAGUCAUUUUUCGCACAUUUUUCAACACCUUUUAUAAUAUAAUAUUACCAUGCCAAAUUAGUUGUUAAGAUAAACGACGGUUUCUGCGUUGAUAACAGUUUAACGCGAUAGCUUCUGCGUUAAUCGUGUGUACAAUAUCGUUGUCUUUACGCGCAGCUUCUCCGACUGACAAUGGUUCGCAAGAGGUUUAUUUACCCGUUGAACGUUGGAAGCUCAUAACAGAGUAUUUCGUUUCAGUAGCUUUGAAAAUAAAAAUAAAUAUAUAAGAAGGAAAUAAGAGAAAGAAAGAAACAAAAGGUUGCUCAAUAGCGUAUAUUAAGGCGUUCGCGAUUUAAAUGUGCUGUUUUACAUAUGAUUGAAGAACCGAUUAAGUGUGUAAAUAUGAAACAACGAAAAUGAUACACGUAGAAUAGUUCCUUUCUUCGUUUUAUGAACCUUUCAGUCUCGAUUGUAGUAUCACCAUUUACGAGGGAAGAAAAUAUUCGCGUGAGAAUUCUUCCACGGAAACGAAAGUUUCGAUUAUGAGCUUCUGCGAUAGUUUGUCCUCUUCCUCCCGCGUUUCCCUGCCCUCUUUUAAGACCUGACAAUACUAAACGCGUUACGUACGUACAAACGGCUUCAAUAUGUUUCUCGGUCGAUUAAUCGCAGAAGUGUUUGUAUAGUCGCAACGUUGAACAUACACUCGAACGUGCCAAAUAAACUGAACUAGUUCGCAAUAUUGACGUUUCUUCGCAAAAUUUUACAUUGACGUUCGAUCGUCGCGAAAGUCCAUGCGAACGAUCGAACGUCUUACGACUCGUUUAAGAAGUUGAUUUGCGAUACAUAUUACGGGACUAGAUUAACGAUAAGAGAGAUCUGAUUGAUUAUCCGAACGUACGACUCUAGUACGGUGCCGAGAAGUCAUAACAUUUGUACAAGAUUUUCAAAUGAAGAGAGAGAGGUAUGACGAAAGUUAAAUACAAAUAAAUUAUUUACAAAUAUAUAUGUAAAACCGGCAUUAGUCUUUUUCGACGCAUGUUAACAGUACUUUUGGCCUAUUUACCAUUUACUUGUAGAAGUUCAAAGACUCACAUACACACACGGUGCACAUGCCGUUUCCAACAAUCCAUUGGAUCGCACGCUGCGUAUGUAGAAUUUUAGAAAAGGCGAACUGAGAAAGAAAACAGGAAAAUACAGCACGAAAGAGGAUUAAGCUUAUCUUCGUUACCGACUUACAAACUAAUCGCAAAUUAUUAUAUUUAGGAGUAAUUUUCAACACCGUUUUAUCAAGUCUGUUUAAAUAAAGUUAAUAUCCAAAAAUUUAUCUAAACAUUAAUUUAAACAUUAUUAUGUCUGUAUAGAGUCCCUUAAAACGCGUUACAUCUAGUUGGAAUAUUCACCGUGAUUGGAAAUAAUUUAGUCGUUAUUUAUUUUUGUACAAUUCCCUAAUUCCGCUUUACGAAAAACGUAAUUUGCUUACGUUUCACACUCACAUACAAGGCACACAAUAAUCAGUCAUUUGUGUACGUAAUCCGUUCCUGCAGUUCUUCAUUGACACUUGAGCAGUUAUUUAUAUUAGGACGUCUAACAACACGUUCAUAGUCUAUAUCUGCAUGCAUGGGUAUCAUCGUUAACAUGAUAAGAGACUCGUGUUAACAAUGUACACAUUGUACCUUUUUUGCUGACCACUUCAAUAUCCCUGAUAAUUUUUAAUUAUACACUUCUAAGAAUUAUAUAAUAUCCAUGUCAUAAUCAGUGGACUAUGAACGUCGUAACGAUUAAAUGUACACAAGAUAAUUCUCUUAAACGAAGACAUCUAAAAAAUUAUCCUUAAACUCAAAGAUAUAAAAACAUUUUUAAAGCUUUCCGAAGCUUUAAAAGAAAGUUUCUUUAUACAAAUUCUUAGAGUUUUACGAGCGUAACAUAUAAAGUUUACGCUAUUCUACUGUAUGUACAAUUCGAGGUGAUUGGAACAGACAUAAUUUGGUGAAGUUCAUAUUUUGAUACACGAUCAUCACUUCUAUCUGCAAAAUGUUCAUUUUUAUGUUGAGAAUGUUGGAAAUAAACUUAGUAAAAAUUA